AUGGCGAAAAUCAAGAAGAAGGGAACCUCUGGCCAGGCCAAAAACUAUAUCACCAGAACCCAGGCGGUGCGCAAACUUCAGAUUUCCCUGCCGGAUUUCCGUCGACUAUGCAUCUUCAAAGGCAUUUACCCUCGCGAGCCUCGGAGUAAGAAGAAGGCCUCCAAGUCAGCGACUCAAAACACAACCUUUUACUACACAAAGGAUAUUCAAUACCUCCUGCACGAGCCGCUGCUGCGAAAGUUCCGUGACCAGAAAGCGCUUGCGAAGAAAAUUGCUCGAUCCCUUGGACGUGGAGAAGUCGGCGACGCAGCCCGUCUCGAGAAAAACCAUGCGCCGAAACUUACCCUGGAUCAUGUCAUCAAGGAGCGCUACCCUACAUUUAUUGACGCUCUGAGAGACCUUGAUGAUGCGCUUUCUCUCCUUUUCCUCUUCGCAAACCUGCCUUCCACCAACCAUGUUCCGCCUAAGACCAUUGCCCUCUGCCAGCGACUUUGCCACGAAUUUCAACACUACCUGAUCACCACCAACUCUCUUCGCAAAUCUUUCCUUUCGAUUAAGGGAAUCUAUUACCAGGCGACUAUUCAAGGACAAGACAUUAUGUGGCUGGUUCCUUACCGCUUCGUGCAGCGAGUUAACGGGGACGUGGAUUACCGAAUCAUGGCUACCUUUGUUGAGUUCUACACAACACUUCUAGGAUUUGUCAACUUCCGAUUGUAUUCUUCUCUUGGACUUCGGUACCCGCCGAAAUUCGACACUCGCAGUGACGAGAACGGAGCCGAACUUGCGGCGUUCACUCUCGAAGGACGCACCGUCGGAGACGCCCCGAAGGCCAUUGAAGCUGGCAACAAACAAUCGAGCAAUGCCAACCAGGAGGUUUCCCGUGAGGUUCAAGACAAGGUCGACAAGGUGAUCAAGAACGCUCAGCUGGACCAGGCCGGCGAACAGAUUACCGAGACAACCGAAGAAGCAACAGACGCAAUCGACAAGUUUGAGCCUACCGCUCCGGAAGCCGAUACUCUUCCCCAACCCGAUCUGAGUGGCGACCAGGCCGGCUCCCUCUUUGCACCCUUCACAUUCUACAUCUCCCGAGAGGCUCCCAAGGCGCCGCUCGAAUUCAUUCUCCGCGCCUUCGGCUGCAAGCGCAUCGGUUGGGACACCGUUCUUGGAGACGGCGCCUUCACAAACAAUGAAGCGGACCCCCGCAUCACACAUCAGAUCGUGGAUCGCCCUUCCCUGCCCGAGUCUUCCCUUCCCGCCAUCCCUGCCGCCUCCGAUAACGGUGCCGUGCAGAAAGUGAGACCUGGUACCCGUAUCCCCGGUCGAACCUACGUCCAGCCUCAGUGGAUCUGGGAUUGCAUCAACGAGGGAAAGCUCCUCCGCCCUGAUCUUUACGCUCCCGGCGCCACACUCCCGCCCCAUCUCAGCCCAUGGGUUAAGCCCAAGAAGGGCGGCUACGACCCUCGCGCCAGCUUAGCCGAGCAGGAGGAGGAAGGCGAGGCCGAAGCAGCGGCUGAGGCGGAAGAGGAGAGCGAUGAGGAGAUGGCCGAGGCCACCGAGGACAAGGCAGCCCCCGCCGAAUCCGAAUCGGAGGAGGACGAGGAUGAAGAUGAGUCCGUUGACGGCGGCAUGGACGUUGCCGGCACGGACGAUGACAGCGAGAGCGAUGAAGAGGAGGAAGCUGAAGCCGACUUUGGAGGGUUCGAGGACGCCGACGCCGGCUCCGAAUCCGAAGACGAAGAGGAAUCUGAGCGAACACAGCACCAGAAGGAACUCGAAGCUGAAGCUGCUGGUCUCCCCUUCUCCGGCGGUGAUGCUUCAGCCACGAAGAAGAAGUCUCAGACAAAGAAGAUUGCGUCCAAGAAGCGCCAAGAGGAAGAGGAGCUGGAUAGACAGAAGAUGAUGAUGAGCCGGAAGAAGAGGAAGUUGCUCGAGAAGAUGAUGUACUCGAACAAGAAGCAGGCUGAGGAGUCUGCCAAGCUGCGGUCGAAGCGCAGAAAACUUGAGAAGGGCGGAGGUAAUUAG